AUGUCACUUAAACUUACAUAUAUACUUGGCAAUCCAAGAGCUGGUAAAAUAAUAGUGGCUGCCCAAUUAGCCAAUGUCUAAAUCAGCAGUGAUUUUGUAGAAUACAAAUCCUUAGAAACCCCUGCCUUUUUGGCUAAGAAUCCAGUUGGCAAGAUUCCAAUUUUAGAGACCCCUGAAGGAUAUCUAACUGAAAGCAACGCCAUUUUAUAGUAUGUUGCCAGAGGAACACCUUUGGUUGGAGUGACAGAUUUCCAACAAGCCAAAGUUAGACAAUGGUUAGACUUCACAUCCCUUGAAUUGGAACCUACUCUCCUUGGUUUGUUAUUGCCAAUCCUUGGUUAUGAAUAGACAACACCCUAAAAGUAAGAAGAAGUUAAGAAAGAAUUAAAUUGGAAAUUAAAAAUAUUAGAAAAUCAUUUUAAGGCAAAUAAUUUUUUAGUUGGCGAAUCAUUGACAAUUGCUGAUUUAAAUUUAGCAUCUUACUUCUAAGGAUUAUUUAGUUUUGCAUUUGAUAAAUAAUUUAGAGGAACCAUUCCAAAUAUUUCAAGAUGGUACAAACACAUCUCUGAAUUACCAGCAUUUGUGGACUAUUAUGGAAAAACCAAAUAUUGUGUAAAAGCUUUCCCAUUUUAAUAUGAAUAAUAGUAAUAAUAAUAAUAAUAAUAAUAACCACAAUAAUAAUAACAAUAAAAAUAAUAAAAAUAAUAAGCUUAAAACGCCCAAUAAGCAUAAUAAUAAAAGCCUGCUCCAAAAGAAGAAGAUGAUGAAGAGAAACCAAAAAAAUAAUAAUGUGAACUUGAUUUAUUACCUUAAUCUACUUUCAAUAUUGACGAUUGGAAGAGAUAAUUUUUGGCUUCUAAAGAUUUCGCUGCUGAAUUCAAAAACUUUUGGACCAUUUUUGAUUCUUAAGGAUGGUCAAUUUGGAUUAUGAAAUACAUUAAGGCUGAAUAAGAGGGAAAGGUUUUGAUCUCCUUUAGAAAUAAUUGCAAUGGAUUUUUAUAAAGAACUGAUCCUCAUUUCAAAAAAUGGGCAUUUGCUAUUCAUGGUGUCUAUGGAGAUGUACCAGAUCUUCAAAUCAGUGGAGCUUGGAUAUGGAGAGGAACUGAAGUCCCAUCAUUUUUAAAAGACCAUCCAACAUUUGAAUACUUAUAAUUGACUAAGCUUGAUGCUUCUAAACCAUAAGACAGAGCAUUAUUCGAGGAAUAUUGGCUUAAUUAGACUGAAGAUGAAUCAAAAGUUUAAGGACUUACAGCAAGAGCAUUAUAUUAUUUUAGAUGAAUUAAUAAUGUAUAAAAACACACACAAAUUUCAUAAUGUACACAAA